AUGCCCACGUUGACGGGAUUCAUGGAUGAUCACAUUGGUCUCGGCAGUGGUUCGCGUAAUAUCAAGCCGGCGAAUGCGCUCAUGUUGAGGUGUACGGAGUUUGACGAGAACGGGAAGCCUAUCCUGAUGUCUGGAGAGUUCAAGAAGACCGAACUUGGCACAAAGUACUCGCUACUACCUCGUGAUCUGCGAAAGAUCGAUAGCAGCGUUCUGCCGCAUAUCAUGGUUCGGCCGACAGCUAUCCUAAUCAACUUGCUGCAUUUGAGAUGUCUGAUCAAGCAUAAUCGCGUUCUCAUAUUCGACUCCUACGGCUCAAGUCAGACCCAUGCACAAAGUCUUUUCGUCUACGAUCUCCAAGGCAAGCUACAGCAGAAAGCUUCUCCUCUAGUUGGCAACCUGCCAUAUGAGUUCCGGGCGCUGGAGGCUGUGCUCCAGUCAGUCACCACAGCACUGGAAAGUGAGCUUGACAACGUGCGAAAGCCUGUUGUACGAGUACUCCAGGAAUUGGAGGAAGACAUUGACCGCGACAAACUCCGCCAUCUCCUCAUCUACAGUAAAAAGCUCACCAGCUUCGAACAGAAAGCUCGUCUCGUCCGAGACGCCAUAGACGAUCUACUCGAAGCAGACGAUGACUUAGCAGCCAUGUAUCUCACCGAGAAAGCCAAUGGUCACGAACGCGAAGAAGACAAUCAUGAGGACGUCGAGCUCCUGCUGGAGUCUUACCACAAAGUUGCAGACGAGAUUGUGCAAGUUGCCAGCGCCCUAGUCUCAGCCAUCCGCAACACAGAGGAAAUCGUCCGCGCUAUCCUUGACGCCAAUCGCAAUAGUCUAAUGCUUCUGGAAUUGAAAGUGAGUAUAGGAACCAUGGGCAUCAGCGUAGGCAUGUUCGUUGCAGCACUGUACGGCAUGAAUCUGGAAAACUUCAUCGAAGAGACAAACUGGGGUUUCUGGGGUGUGAGUGGCUUCUCGUUCGUCAUCAGCAUGAUUGCCUGUGUAUACGGUCUACGACAGCUACGAAAAGUACAACGACUAAGGAUGAGGCCAAGUAGUACUACUAAGUCUGAUCGAUAUAUGCUACGCCUGACGUCCUCCGCCGAGAAGGAAGACGGAUCGAGGUCAUUGGGCGAAGCUGUCAAGGCUGUCAAAAAUGCGGAUCGGAUGAAGAAAUGGGGUGAGGUGCAGAGAGCAUGGAAAGAUGUUGGUACUGGUGUGAGAAAUGCUCAUGGCAGAGGGUAA